AUGGAGAAGGCAGAGGUCGACGAGCUACGGGAACUCACACAGCGCGUAUGUGCGAACGUGGCUGCGUAUGCUGGAGCGCAACUCGACGGCUCACUCGAGUCCAUGCAGCUAAUGGCGACUGUGGUGAACACUGUCAAUGCAAAGUACGUGGGAAUGAGACGGGAGAUCAAAAGCGUCGGGAAGCUGUCGAAAGUAUUGGAGGCGCGAGCAACUGCCUUGCGAGAAAAGAUGGACGUCAUUGACGAUCUCGAUGAAGAGCUUGCGGAGCUCGAGGAUAUGGUGGACCAGCUCGAGAAGUACACGGGUUCUCUCGAAGUCAAGUUUCAUCAAGUGUGUUAG